AUGUACUCCUAUGCUCCUUUAGGCGUUUCGUAUGCUUCUCCUUUAGCAACAUCAAUUGCCAGACCAGUUCCAGUUGGCUAUGGAGCACCAGUCUCAUAUGUUUAACCUGUUUCAUAUGCAGCUCCAGUGACUUACGCUCCUCCUGUUAGUUAUGCUCCUCCAGCCUAUUCUCCUGUUAGAGGUGGAUCAAGAGUUGAAUACGUUCCAUAUCAAAAGCCAGUCGUAGAGUUGGAAGAGGAAGUCAGAACUGUCUAAGUGCCAAGAUAAAAAUGGGUGACUGAUUAUUAUCCAGUCGAAUACCAAAAGGAAUAUAUUCCUUAGGUGUCCUAUGAGAAAUAAAUUGAUUAUGUGCCAGUUGAAAAGAAUGUGCCAAGAGUUGAUUAUUUAGAAUAUGAAAGAGAGGUUAGAAGGGCUCCUCCUGCUCCAGUUUCAUAUGCAUCACCACUUUCUUACAGUUAUGCUGCACCAGUAGCCCCCUUGAGAACUAGCUAUGUUGCUCCAACCUAUGGAUAUGCUCCAAAUUAUAGCUAUGUUGCACCAACAUUUGGUUAUGGAUCAGUUUAUAGAUAUUGAUUGUAAAUCAAUAUUAUCAUUUAAUUUAAUCUUCUUUAAA